AUGAGACUUUUUAUAGAGGAUGUGUUGGUGUUGUUUCCGUACGAGUACAUUUACCCGGAACAACUCGAGUACAUGACAGAGCUCAAGAAGGGCUUAGAUCACGGUGGGCACAUGGUUCUUGAAAUGCCAUCGGGAACAGGCAAAACCACGACCCUGCUGUCACUACUCAUAGCGUAUCUCCAUCACCACGCGGAGGAGAAGCGCAAGGUCAUUUAUUGCACCCGAACAGUUGAAGAAAUGACAAAGACCGUCGGUGAACUUCGCAAGUUGCUUGAACUCUGGAACGCGGAGGCGGGAGCUAGCAGGCCCCUGCGAGGACUUUGCUUAACGGCAAAGAAAAAUCUCUGUAUUGAGAGCAGCGUUGCAUCCCAGCGGUACCCCGAUGAUGUGGACGCGGGAUGUCGUAGUCUUACAGCACCGUGGCAGACAAGCAACCGCUGCGCCUACUUUGACAACCUGGAACGCGUUCCCUUUGAGUUGCCCCCCGGGGCCUACUCGGUAGAGGACUUGAAGCGGUUCGGCGAGGCGCACCAAUUGUGUCCCUACUACUUGGUGCGAAAGGCGUUGCGCGUUGCCGACAUUGUGGUUCACUCAUUUCUCUACAUUGUGGAUCCCAUCGUGGCCGAGGUGACCAAGGAGUACUUCAGCGAGAACACAAUCGUCGUCAUGGAUGAGGGGCACAACGUGGACGACGUGUGCAUUGAGGCCAUGUCUCUCAUCAUCACAAAGGAGGACGCAACGCAAGCGAAGGAGAAUGUAAAACAGCUGAAUUCCGCCGCGGACCACCUCAGAGCGACGAAUCGACAGCAACUGCAGGACGAGUAUGACCGUCUUGUGAAUGGUUUAGCGAUGGCUGAAAUGGCCCGCUCAGUGGAUGGUGUGAGGGCGCCUGUACACGCCCCGCGUAUUCCGUCAGACAUUGCCAACGAAGCCAUUCCAGGGAGUUUGCGGCAGGCAAACCACUUCUUGGCGUUUAUUCAGCGUCUCGUUGACUUCACCCACCGCGUCGUUUGUAGAAUAUCUCGCACCUACGUGGCGGAUCCUCUAACGUUCCUGUCCAAAGUGCGAGAUGAAUGUGCUGUGGAUAUUCGUCACUUCAGGUACCUGACGGAGCGGCUGAAGGUUUUAAUGAAUACCCUUCAGAUAACAAAUUCGCAUAAGUUUCGUAACGUGGCUUUGAUUGCGCAAAUGUACAUGACUCUCUCCACCCACUACACCGAUGACCGGUAUGAAAAGCCGGGAUUUGUGGUUGUGUGUGAGGCGCAUGAUCCGACGAGGCCCGCGGUGCCAGAUCCAGUGAUUCGCCUUGUCUGCGUAGAUGCCUCCUUGGCCUUGCGUGAGGCCUUUGCAAAGUACCGAAGUGUGGUGUUGACGUCAGGGACACUUUCACCGUUAGACAUUUACCCCAAGAUCCUUGGCUUUACCCCGGCGAUUGCCAAGUCCUUCCAAAUGACUCUCAGUCGAAAGUGCAUCGCGCCCGUGGUGGUGACGCGGAGCACGGAGAGUGUCAACAUUACAACGGAGGAAAUCACCAGUAGCUUUGUUGUUCGUACAAAUCCUGCCGCCCAAGACGUAGUUUCCGCCGCUUACGAGGACCUUUUACGAGGUCUUGGCAAGACAGUGCCCGAUGGCGUUGUCUGCUUCUUUACGGGGUAUCAGUAUAUGGGGGAGGUGCUGCUUGGGUGGCACCGGUCUGGAUUUUUGAAGGAGCUGGCGCAGUACAAACUCAUCUUUGUUGAGACCCAAUCUGUGGAGGAGACCUCCGUGGCGUUGGCGAACUAUAGGCGGGCGUGCGACAUUGGGCGUGGGGCUAUUUUUAUGGCCAUUGCGCGGGGCAAAAUUGCGGAGGGAAUCGACUUCGACCGUCACUAUGGCAGGGCCGUCGUGAUGUUCGGGGUUCCCUUUUUGCCACCGAACGAUGAGCCCUUGAGACAGCGGAUUCACUGGAUGGAAACGUGUCUAGGUAUUCCUGGAAACGAGUAUCGCAACUUUGAUGCCAUGCGGCAGGCCUCUCAAUGCAUCGGCCGGGUGCUGCGAAACAAGACCGACUACGGAAUGAUGUUGCUCGUUGACCGACGCUUCGCACUGAACGACAAACGGAAAAAGUUGCCUAUAUGGAUUCAGCAGUGCCUGAAGGAGAACACAAAUCUCAGUGUGGACGCAGCAAUCGCCGUUGCACGCGGGUUCUUCAAGGAAAUGGCGCAGCCCUGGGAAUACCAACGCGACCUGGGGACCACCCUCUUCUCUAAGGAAACCCUCGCACUUAAGGGGUUUCUAAAACCCUCAAAGAGAUCCGUCCUUCGCAGGGCCACAGAGACAUGCAGCAGUGGGACUGUAGAGGAAGGUGUACAUGAAGAAGGGGAUGCCAUUCGCGCAGUAAAGGAGCCAGAGCAUAGAAAGCGGCCUCGGAGUUAA